AUGGCCCGGAUUGAAGCCGAAGACCUAUUCGAGGUCAAGGUCGAUAUCUGUCAGGUCAUGGCGGGCCUUCACCCAAGCGGGGAUUGGAUGGGACGGGGGGCUAGAGCUCUGGAUAAUCUUCGUACUGCCACAGGGGAGGAGUCCUUAAGUCAGCUCCUUCGAAUGCGUGAGGACCUGGAGACUGCAGGUUUGCAGUCCGCAACCUUCCGGCAAUUGGCCGACAGAGUGCCAUUCCGGGCGGAUGCGGAUCAACACUCAGCCACCUAG